AUGUCCGCAUCGACGGCGAUGUCUGUGGGAGCUUCAAGCUCCUGGUCAAAGGCGAUGCUCCAUAUCUCACCUUACACCUUCUCUGCCGUCGGCAUCGCCAUUGCUAUCGGCGUCUCUGUUCUCGGCGCUGCUUGGGGGAUUUACAUCACAGGAAGUAGUUUGAUCGGUGCUGCAAUCAAAGCUCCUCGUAUCACUUCUAAGAACCUCAUUAGUGUAAUAUUCUGUGAAGCUGUCGCUAUAUAUGGCGUUAUUGUGGCAAUUAUUCUCCAAACAAAGUUGGAGAGUGUUACAGCAUCAAACAUAUAUGCAGCCGAGUCUCUUAGAGCUGGAUAUGCAAUCUUUGCUUCCGGAAUUAUUGUGGGCUUUGCAAAUCUUGUCUGCGGGUUGUGUGUAGGAAUUAUUGGAAGCAGCUGUGCAUUGUCUGAUGCCCAAAAUUCUUCACUUUUUGUGAAGAUCCUUGUUAUUGAGAUUUUUGGCAGUGCACUGGGGCUUUUUGGAGUAAUUGUGGGAAUAAUCAUGUCAGCCCAAGCAACAUGGCCUUCUAACAAUUGA